CAACACCAUCAGUAACAGCACCAGCGUAGCCACCAGAAACAGCAUUAACAACAAAACAUACAUACUAUAACAUUAUGCUGCUACAGGAGAAAUGCAGCAACAGAAAAGCUAGAUACUCAAGUACUGCCGGAACGUAGAGCCAGGCAGUUAUUUGUGAAUGAAUACUGAAAUGUAUCAGGCUAGGGCGGUCUUGUAGCACUAGAAUCGUUGAACAAUUUCCUUCCGGAUCUGAUUAGACUUCAUCGAUCUGAACUAUAUAACUUAUUUAUGGCAUGUAUUUACAAUGGGUCGUUUGGAAUAGUUUGUUUCGUGAUAGUUGGGAAUGGAUGCAAAAGUUUGAGAGUUUCCGGGAAAUAUAUUUUUUGAGUCAAUAAAUUUGUGCUUGUGAUGGAUGGCCUAAAUAACUUGAAUAUUACAGUGACAGUUUCAUGGAAGAUUAGUGCGGAGGUUUGUUACGAUCAAAGAACAUAGCAGUAAAAGUCAUAGACAUAAACAAAUGAUCGGAAAAUCGUAACAGCGUGUAACUCGGAGCAGACGAACACUGACAGAAUGAAAGUUGAAAUCAUGGUGAACACCUGGAUUUACUCGAUAUGUGCCUGGAUAUUAUUUUCUUUCCUUAUUUCAGUCACGAGCGCUUCGACACUCGAAAACAUCUACACGAGUGGCUGUAGUGGGGAACGAAUUCGCCUCAACUGUCCGAAGGGCCAUAAGAUUGCGAUCAAACGACUCUACUUUGGCGUUAAAAGUAACCCAAGAUGCACUGGUCAAGGGCGUAAAUAUUCCGACGACUGUUGUCAUCCGACAUACAAUGACUGCCUGGUCAGCGAGGAUGACUCCAAGUACCCGUAUUUGAAUAUGAUGUGUUCGGGGUUACCAGGGUGCGAUGUUGAGGCAAAUAAUGCGUCGUCAGGGGAUAAAUGUCGGGCCAAGGGUUACAGUUCAAUGACUGAUUAUAUGACUGUCAUUCAUGACUGUAUACCAGAUGUUGACAUAUUACCGGUGUGUUCCAACAUGCAGAAAAAGAGCAAACAGAUUUACAUCUCUAACGAGAACUAUCCAUACCCGAUAAGAGCUGGGGAACGCCAAUGUCAGUGCCUUAUUAAGACGGGAAACCAAGUGGGGAUUUACAUACAUGCGUUGGAUAUUAUUUUCUAUCGUUCUGAAGUUGGUAACAAGUGUUAUCAAGAUAUCGAACUUCGAGACGAUGACGGGAAUCGAAAAGUGAUCACGUGUGGUCAUACUGGAUUAAAUGCGUUCAGGAAUGUUUAUAAUAACGAUGUUCGAGCUGUGACUUUGACGUUAAAUACACGAGCGCCAAAAGCGAAAGGUUUUGUCUGGGUUCAGGCAAAAGCCAAAGAAGACCGAGACUUUGUCGAAGUUUUCUGCGGUGAUGCCAGAAAGCGCUACCUUGGUUACCCGGUGAAUGAUGCAGCAAGCCGAACCCUUAAUAAGAAUGAUCCAACUCCGCCCCUUGAACCAGGGGACUCUGGACCCCAGAGUAACGCAACCAAGGAUGGGGCAACCAGUACCAUAUCUGACAUGGUUGCAUUGAUUGUGGGUGUGUCAGUGGCAGUGGCCUUCGUCAUCAUUAUCGGGCUCAUCGGCAUCAUCAUUUUGUGUGUCAGGCGUAUUCGGGCAAAGCGUCGACCAAUACGUCAAGAGCCACCACCUUUCCCCUCUCCAAUGUUGAAGAGCAAGGAAACCAACCAUUCAUCAAAUACUUAUUGUCGAUACGAUUACGAUGAGGAUAAGUAUUGUUCAAUCAAGCGAAGCCCUAUGAGGAUGACAAAACUGUCUGAUGUGAAUUCAUCAGCUGGGCAAAAAUUAAAGGAAGCCUUCUCGCAAGGGGUUUCAUCGUCUGAGUCGAUGGAUAAUAUGCCGAACGGUGGAGGGUACGUUAAUUACAUGGAACAGUUGUCACCUUGCGAACCACUUCUUGAUAAGCAGAUUACAGAGAGCGAAACCUCAGAUGAAGAUGAGGUUAUCAUGCCCAAAUCCGAAUUUGUCACAAUCGGAAAGGCAAUUCAGCCACAGUCAAUUGCAAGGGAGCUGACAAAUGCUACUCUUCCGCCAAAAAAAAAGAUUAAAAACAAAACUGUCACUUUUUCGCCUGUUGCUAUGGUAACACCUUUUCCAUUUGGAUCGGAAGAAUCUGUACCCGAUGAUACCAUUAACGACGACCCUAAGGCUAAUUUUCUUGAAAUGUACAGCAAAACGUUGCCGACGAGAUCACCGGAGAAGGUAAAACGAAUUGUGCUAUACCCGGGGGGACAGGAUGACAUGUGCCUCGCAUCUUAUCAAGCAACUGACUGUGAAAAUGUAACGGAAGACGACCUUUGGAAGGCGUUCCAUAUAAAACUCAGUGAAAACAUGCCUUCCUAUAAUCCGGAGAAAGAAGAAGUUGUUCGAUACGAAACUCCAGUAAAAUGCAAAAAUGUUCAGAAUGUAGAGGAUCCGGAUUAUGAUGAAAAUCCGUAUGACAAUGUACCAUACAUAAACGUCGGAAGUUUACGUCGACAUAAUACACCAGAGAAUACUUGCAAAGACUUAUAUAGAGAAAUUGUGAAAAGACACCACAACAACGAACAACGAAUGGAAAGCAUCCCAGAAACGUGUUGAGUUUGGGAAUAGAUUGUUAAUAAAUUCUAUUAUAAAAACAUGCACGUUUUGAAAAGUGACAGUUAUGUACUAAAGAUUUAAUAUUACUGCAGUCUACAGGAGAAACUACAAUUGAUGGUAGUUUUUGUUUUGAAUUACUUGGAACUAACUGACAUUGCUGUAGGGAUUUGAUGAGUUCUCUUGAUAUAUCAAGGGACAUAACUGUGAAAUAGUAAGAAAUUGUAAUGAAAUUGAGUUACUCCCCUUGCAAUGACAAGGCAAUGUUGUUAAGGGCUUAAGUGCAAUAUAAACUACUUGUAAAGAUAUUUAUUUAUUCAAACUGUGUGUUAUGUUGUUUGUAUAUUUUUUUGGUCCUGCUGUGAAGAUAUCAUAUUGAUAGCUUUGUGUAGCCGAAAUUUAUCUUCCAAGAUACUUGUUGUACUUAGUUGUUUUUUUGUUUUUUUCUGAUGUAUUUUCAGCACAUCUGUUUUUUGAAAAAAAGUUAUUUUGAUAGCCUUAGUGUCAUCGGUCCCAGCAUCAAUAUUGUUGUGCAAUUUUUUUAACCUUGGCCAUAAAUAAAAAAAAAAAAUUGAGAUGUUCAAAUGAAACUUGGUUCACCUGUUGCCACAGACAAUACGCACAUGUAUAGCAAAGCCCAUAACCUUUUUUAAUGAUUGUUAAGUUAUAUGUCCUGUUCGACUGAAACAGAAAUCAGACAAGCGUUGGCUUAAGGGUGUUCUUGUUAUUAUCUCUGCUUGUUUUUAACAAGAACAUUUUUAUGUUUGCUUUCAUUUGAUUUUUGAGUGUUUGAUUUCUGUUUUUAAUGUUUACGUAUUAUUUGCUAUAUAUCUUAUAAACCUGAAACUUCUUAUUAAUGUCUUGAUAUUAUUUAUAAUGUAUUUUGAAUAAUGUUGUAUAAUGUAUUCCUAAUACCAUAUUCAUAAACAUUAGUUCAUCGUUAUUCCUAUUUCUAAAGAGUCUUAUAACAUCAUUGAACAGUCAAAAGUAAAAUUCAUCUAUUCAUUCCAUUAAAUGUAAGAAGGUAGAAGCUUGAGCUAGAUUGGGAAUUAUUUUCCAAUUUUCAGAAAUACUUUGAAGCCGAAAGGCUCAUUAGCAAUGUAACACAAUGAUGGAAGUAAUCCCCAUUUGAUGCAAGUUUAUUGGUUUCUAAAAAAUAUAUUAUUUUCAGUAUUUUGUAGCGAAUUACAGGGGCUUUUCUUGGGUAUUUUUUCAGGAUAUCUUAUUUAUAGAUGGUGGUAUUUCGCUAGAGAAUAAAACUUGUAUAUUAUGUAAGAAAGGUGUAAAAUGGUUUAAUGUUCCAUUGAAAAAUAACUUCUGAAAGUUUGCCUUUCGUCAAUAUUUAAUUAAGUAUCUAUGUAAAUAUGAUAUGUGUACAUGUAUAUAUGUAUAAUUCUGUAUAAUUCUGUAUUUAAUGCUUUAUAACUGAUGUAUUUCUACAUGCACUUUUGUUGUGUAUGAAACUGUACUUAAUGAA